CAGUCUUAAUCAUCCUAAUCAAGUUGAAUUUAAUGUUAAACAUGGCUUUUAAAUGCAUACUAUGGUUUGCACAGGAGCAUGUAAAUUUCAGAAUAUCAGAGUUCGAGUCACUUGCUAAAAUGUUUGGCCUUCAGUUUCGACUAGUGUCUCAACAGCUGUUGAAACCGUUCUGGAUAGUGGAGUUUCCCAGCGAAAAGACUGCCUUGCAGUAUGCCUCCCGCUCCGUUGCCCUGCGUGCUAUAUUCGAGCUAUAUUCCUACGCAAAUACCCUGCCAGAUUUUCACAACAGACUUCGCUCUCACGUGGAUACGCACCAGAAGGAGCUUGCGCGACACUUCAGUAGCGAUAGUAGCUUUAAAAUCACUGUCGAGACCUACAAUAAGCACUUUAGCCAGCGGGAAAAGGUUGAGAAGAUUGAGACGAUGGACUACUUACCCAUCGAAGGCGCUGUCGAUCUGAAAAACCCUCUGGUUGAGUGGUGGUACCUCGAAUUUUGGGGCUUGGAUCCAAAAGCAGUGCCCCCCGUUCCCGAGGACAUUCUUUUUGGACGUCUUCUGGCCCAGGGUCAGCGACAUUUGAUCAAAGAUCUCUCUUUGAAGAAGCGCAAAUUCAUCGGGAACACCAGCAUGGAUGCGCAGCUAAGUCUGCUUAUGGCCAACCAGGCUAUGGUUCGGGACGGCGACUUGGUGUUUGAUCCUUUCGUCGGUACGGGCUCACUGCUGGUAAGCGCGGCCAAGUUCGGGGGGUAUGUCCUGGGAGCUGACAUUGACUACAUGAUGGUGCAUGCGCAAUGCCGGCCCAGCCGCAUAUCCCAAAGGGUUCGAGAGAAGGACGAGAGCAUUCGAGCGAACUUAAAGCAAUAUGGGUGUGCGGAUCGCUACAUGGAUGUGUUAGUAGCCGAUUUCUCGAAUCCUCUCUGGCAUCCCCGCCUUUCAUUCGAUAGCAUUAUAACCGAUCCUCCAUACGGAAUUCGCGAGGCAACGGAAAAGGUGGAAACAAAAAAGAGUGCGAAAGAGGACACACGCAGUGAGGACAUGAUCCACUAUCCGUCCACUUCGCACUACUCGCUGCAGAGCUUGUACUGCGAUUUGCUCGAGUUUUCUGCAAAGCACCUGAAACUAGGAGGACGCCUCGUGUGCUGGCUUCCCUUCCAUCGAGAGGACUAUGAUGAGGAAAUGCUGCCACAUCACAAGCACUUGCGGCUGGUGGCCAACUCCGAGCAGCCCUUAACUGGCAACACUUCCCGUCGCCUACUAACAUAUGAAAAGAUUUCGGAGUACAGCCAUUCAGAGGCUUCGGAGUCCCGAACAACGUUUGUAAAUACGCCCUCGGAGGACUUCAGGGAUCGCUACUUCAACAACGCUCUGGAGUCUCGCAAGGAUCGCCGAAUGCGCAAAUCAGAACUACGCGAGCUCGGACGCCUGGAAAUGGCCAGCCGGGGAAAGAUUCCCACUGACGCACGCGCGAAGAAAUGUGACUUGAACAAGGCCCGUUUCGCCUAGCAGCCAAAGCUCAUUUUUACGUUGAAUAAACAUUUAUGAGAUA